AUGGAGGAACUCUCAAGUAUAAUUCACCAACUCCGAGAAAGAAUCUCAUCUUCAUCUUUGGCAUCAUCAUCCUCUUCACCAGCAAAUAAUGGAGUUGAUGAUGAUCAAUUGGAGAAUAGAUUCCGUUCUGUUCUUCCUAAUCUUCUCCAAACUUAUGUUCUUCCUUCAUCCACAGCAAAUGAGAGAGAAGUGAUUGCAGUUCUGAAGCUAUUAUCACAUACAGCAAGGAAUUUCCCAGGAGUUUACUUCCAUGGGAAAGCUAGUGCUGAUAUUCCAGUGAUUUGCAGAGUUUUGCCCUUUUUUGCUGAACCUGAAUUUAGAUCUCGCCAUGGAGUAAUUUUCGAGACAGUUGGAUCUCUUCUAUCCUUGCUCCUUUCAGAAGACCGAGGAGCAUAUCGGAAGUUUUUCUUGGAUGCCAUGGUGUUAGUUGAAGAUCUCCUAUAUGUAGCAUCAAUAUUCGCAGAUAGUGUCCUUGAAGUGCUUCCAUAAGUCAAUUGUUGGAAUAUCCAGUAGUCCAGCCCCUCUUGGUGAUAUUUCAGCAUGUUUCAAACCCCCGGAUGGCCUUGGUAUCCUGAUUGAUCUCACAGACAACCGGAGGUGGAAGCCGUUGGCCACUUGGACCCUUAAGAUUAUCAGUAAAUGCCUAACUGAAGGAACUCUGUAUGUGGAAGGACUUAUCAAUGCAUCAUUUGUAUCCUCGGCAUGUACUCUUUUCUGCUAUGAAGAUGCUGCUUUACAUAUGGAUCUCGGCC